ACCUGUACACGGAAGUCAUUCAGGAUUUUUUUUUUUUUAAUACGCUCGAGAUUUGUUGUCUUUCUUUCGACUCUCUUGGCGUAAACAUCUCGUCCAUUCGGCUGUUAGGUCGGCCUACGGUGCCGUUAACGAUGGGGCAGUCGGCGUGGAAACCCCGUGAAGACAACGUGGCGUGAACAGCAGACCGUGGAUCAUCCAGUCCCGGGUCAAUGGACGCCAGCCCAGGACGUGAAGCGCUGCUGUUGUGACAGCUGGGGUUGAAGCCUCCAGUACCUGCUCUGUCUGCCCGACAGAGAGAGCUGCUGACGACAGGCACGAGCCGGAGUUUAAACCCUAAAGUGUUAUUUUAUUUAGAUGUAGAGACCUCCCGUGAAGUAGCUUCAAAGGGCGCCAUUGACGGGAAAGCAGAAAGGUGAGAGGCGCUUCUCUUCCCACCGGUUUAAUAACAUCCUCACACCGACCAGGGGUCAUGGCCUCUUCCCGGCUGAAGUACCUCUCUCUGGGCGUGCUGGUGUUCCAGACCACCUCCCUGGUGCUCACCAUGCGGUACUCCCGCACCCUGCAGGCCGAGGGCCCGCGGUACCUGGCCUCCUCGGCUGUGGUGGUGGCCGAGGUGAUAAAGAUCCUCACCUGUGUGCUGCUCGUCUUCAAGGAGCACAGUUACAGCAUGCGAGCUCUGAACAGCGUUCUGCGUCAGGAAAUCGUCCACAAACCCAUCGAAACGCUGAAGCUGGCGAUUCCCUCCGGCAUCUACACGCUGCAGAACAACCUGCUGUACGUCGCCUUGUCCAACCUGGACGCAGCCACCUACCAGGUGACGUACCAGCUGAAGAUCUUGACCACGGCUCUGUUCUCGGUGUCCAUGCUGGGCCGCCGGCUGGGCGUCUACCAGUGGCUCUCGCUGCUGAUCCUCAUGGGCGGAGUGGCUCUCGUGCAGUGGCCCUCUGAAUCCACAGCGGCCCCAGAGAAGGACGCCCCCUCUACGGGCUCCCAGUUUGUCGGUGUGGCGGCGGUGCUGGUGGCGUGCUUCUCCAGUGGGUUCGCUGGUGUCUACUUUGAGAAGAUCCUAAAGGAGAGCAAACAGAGCGUCUGGGUCCGCAACAUUCAGCUAGGGCUUUUCGGCCUGGUGUUUGGCCUCUUUGGGAUGCUGACCUACGACGGAGAGAGGGUGAAGGAAUCGGGAAUGUUCCAGGGAUACAACACGGUCACCUGGUCUGUUGUAGCGCUGCAGGCGCUGGGUGGUCUGGUCAUAGCAGCGGUCAUCAAGUAUGCAGACAACAUCCUCAAGGGCUUUGCUACAUCGCUCUCCAUUAUCCUGUCAACUCUUAUAUCGUACUUCUGGCUGCAGGACUUCGACCCCACCGGCGUGUUCUUCCUGGGGGCCGUUUUGGUCAUCGCGGCCACUUUCCUCUACGGCUACGAAGGCAGGUCAUCCCCCAACCCCAGCAGGGCGUAGGACACUCGGGGCUGAGACUACAGCAGCAGCAGGAGGAGGUCCUGUUGAAAGGAGGACAGAGAGCUGGAGGAAAAGAAGGGGAAAGGUCUUUGACAUGUAUGAGAGGAGGUAAGCAGGUCGGAAACAGAGGACAGGACGAGAGGGAGGAAAACCAAAAGCAAGCACAACGCUGUGAUGGGUCCCACACACCAAAAGUGCCUCAGCUGAGAAGGAUUCCCAAUGAAGAAAGACAACUGGUGAAACCGGAUUGUAUGUUGUUUUGUUUUUUUUUGUUCAAUAAUUAUGUCUGGGGAGAAAUUAUGUCAUCGGGACCGACUGAUUGUGUUCGCUGGAACCUGUUUGACUGCCAUUCACUGUUACUGCCGCAUCAGUCACAGCUCCACAACGAUAAAGGAUGAAAGGGGCAGUUUCUUGAGCUGUUGUGUGAUUUCUUUUAACAUGUUAAUGUGUUUAAGACUCUUCAUAGUCUUUUUUUCUUUUCUUUUUUUGGCCCACUUUGAGCUCUCGGAGCACAUUUUAGGCCAUUUCCCCUCAAAUAAGCCUUCCCAGCCAUUGUUUGCUCUAAGGAGACGGUCACACAUGCGCAACAUGUGCACCUUUUCCUCAUAGACUUGCAUUGGAAAAGCAAACACUUGAAUAGCUAUUUUCUUUUUAAUCAUUAGGUGCUAAAAGAGUUGUUUUUCUUCCUCUGUUCAUGCGAACGAGGCUGGAAGGCGGGGUUAAGGCCAACACUAGUGCGCUUGCUCUAUGUGCCGUAUGGAUCUUACAGAUCGCCAGAGGAUCGGAGUAAUUAAAACUUUAUUUUUAUUUUGCUAAAUGUGCCACUUUCCAUAGGAGUGAACGAGGCCCCGCCUCCAACGCUGUGUCCAGUUCUCCUUGUGCAACUGUGGCUGUAACAAUCAAAUGGUUGGCAUAACUCGCCUCUACACCGUGGGCGUUGUAUUCACCAUUACUAGUAUUGUUUCCUUUUAAUAUCGGCUCCAAUUUGAUAUUUUAUUCAUUUAUUUUUUUGGAAACCACUUUUGUUGCCAAGCAACAUAUAGUCAUUGGGACGUCUUUGAUUCGAUACAGUGACAGACUGGUGUGACCGGGCUGUCUGUGUCGGGUGAAGUUUAACGUGUUACAGAAAUCUCUUGGUGUUACAGGAAUGCCACAGGAAUAAAAGUGAUGAAAUGAUUGUUUGUGAAUAUUUUUGUACAACUUGAAAUUAUGUUAACUUGGGGCGUAAAUAAUCACCACCAUUUUAAAUUGUAAUCUGAAAAUCGAAAAAUGAAUUGUCUGUUUAACUUAUUAAUUAAUUAAUUGGUCUUUCCGCAUUUCAAAGCCACUGAUUACGAACAUCCAGCUCUUUAUGUCCCGUGCUCGUGGAACAAUAUACGCUGUUAAUUUUGGGGCAAAGUUAAUCAAAAGUGAUCUGAUUACAUCGGACAUCUUUGAAGCUGUAUUUACAUCUUGGAGUGUACCUUUUUGACUGGUGUUUUUCUUCCAGGAUGAUUAUUUUUAUUUUUUUUCCCUUUUGGAUGAAGCGGGUAUAAUUAAUAACUUGAUUAUUAUGAUUACCAAUAUGUGAAUCUUUUAUAAAAGAAAAAUGUUUCCUAGAA